UGCGGCGGCGGCGCCUGCGCGUCUUUUGUCAGGGUCAGCAGGCGGGUCCCCUGGGCGAUCCCCCUGCGCGUCGCUGAGGCGCGCCUCGCGGGUCGAUGGCGAUGAACUAUAACGCGAAGGAUGAAGUGGACGGUGGGCCCCCGGGUGCUCCCGGGGGCGCCGCGAAGAACCGGAGACCGGAUAAUACGGCCUUCAAACAACAACGGCUGCCCGCCUGGCAACCCAUCCUCACGGCGGGCACGGUGCUACCUACCUUCUUCAUCAUCGGCCUCAUCUUCAUCCCCAUUGGCAUCGGCAUCUUCGUCACCUCCAACAACAUCCGCGAGAUCGAGAUUGAUUAUACCGGAACAGAGCCUUCCAGUCCGUGUAAUAAAUGUUUGUCUCCGGAUGUAACACCUUGUAUUUGUACCAUUAACUUCACGCUGGAGCAGUCAUUCGAGGGCAAUGUGUUCAUGUACUAUGGACUGUCUAAUUUCUAUCAAAACCAUCGUCGUUAUGUGAAAUCUCGAGAUGAUAGUCAGCUAAAUGGAGAUCCUAGUGCUUUACUUAAUCCCAGUAAGGAAUGUGAACCUUAUCGAAGAAAUGAAGACAAACCAAUUGCUCCUUGUGGAGCUAUUGCCAACAGCAUGUUUAAUGAUACAUUAGAAUUGUUUCUCAUUAGCAAUGAUUCUGCUCCCUAUGCGAUUCCUUUGAAAAAGAAAGGUAUUGCUUGGUGGACAGAUAAAAAUGUGAAGUUCAGAAAUCCCCCUGGAGGAGAAAACCUAGAAGAACGAUUUAAAGGUACAACAAAGCCAGUAAACUGGCUUAAACCAGUAUACUUGCUGGAUUCUGAGAAAGAUAAUAAUGGGUUCAUAAAUGAGGAUUUUAUCGUUUGGAUGCGUACUGCAGCAUUACCGACUUUUCGUAAGUUAUAUCGUCUUAUAGAGCGGACAGAGGAUUUACAUCCAACUUUGCCAGCUGGACGAUACUAUUUGAAUAUCACAUACAAUUAUCCUGUACAUUCUUUUGAUGGACGAAAACGGAUGAUCUUGAGCACUAUCUCAUGGAUGGGAGGAAAAAAUCCAUUUUUGGGGAUUGCUUACAUCACUAUUGGAUCCAUCUCCUUCCUUCUGGGAGUUGUACUGCUAGUAAUUAAUCAUAAAUACAGAAACAGUGGUAAUACUGCUGACAUUACCAUUUAAUUUUAUAUUCUGAAAACAAAUCUACUGCAUGUGCAUCAAGGCCAGUCCUAUUCAACCUAGCUUUCGAAUGCUAAUGUUCGGUUAGUAUGUCAUUUUUGAAGUUGGCACAUAACUUUUUUUUAAGACAGCCUUGUCCUGUGCUUCUUCUCUAUGGAUGACUUAUGAAAAUAUGUGACAGGUAUAAAACAAAUUAGCUAUAUUGAUCGUAUUAACACUGUAAGUGCUCCAAUGGCAUUCUAAUAUUUGCUUUUUAUUGGGACAGGCCAUAUGAUGCAUAGAGCUUCUUUCAUGUGAAAUGCUUCUACCGCUCAAAUGUUUAUGCUAUGUUGAUGAUAAUAUAUUGACAUAAGAUGCUGUAUUAUGUGUGCCUAUUGUGUGAAGAAAGGGAUUACAAAAUGUCUGAGUAUGAUGACUUGCUGUCCUUUCAGGAUUCAGAGUUACAGAAAGAUGAAGAAAGACCAAUCUAAAUAAAACCCUUCAUCAUUUUCAUGUGUCAUUUGUAAAGGCUUAAAGUACCAUCUUUGUUGAGGCUGUUCAUGUAUUCAGUUUAUCCAGUAGAGUUCUUUGUCAAGCUUAGCUUUGAUUAAAAAAAAAAAAAAAAUGUUUACUGUGUCUAGCAUAGAAA